AUGACUGUUAAGGAGUGGGAAUUGUUUAUCGGAUUUUUAUACGACGAAGCAGUCGAAGAAAAGCAAAUAAAGGCAAUAAGUUGGGUAGAGGAUGAAAAUAAACCGUAUGUAGCCAGGCUAAAGAAAUAUUUACCAUCCUUAUUCAACAAGUUGCGACUUGAUCAAGAAAAUUUGUGGAAAGAUUUUGCUAACUCUACAGACUGUGAAGUGAAGUUCCCGGUUUCUGUUGAAGAAAACUUGACAGAGUUUCAGAAGGUUUUGGUAAUUCAGGCAGUUCGUCCAGACCGCUUAAAUUCUGCCCUCUCUUCAUUUGUGAAGAAAUUAAUGAACAAAAACUCAUUAAGCGUAUUGAGUUUUGAUCUGGAACAAAUUUAUGAAAAAGAAAGUAGUGAAAAUGAGCCGUUAUUGGUAGUCACCGGCACUGGAGCCGACCCAACGCAGGUUCUUGUGGAUUUAGCAAACAAAAAGCUCGGUCUGGGAAAGCUUCAUCAAAUUUCCAUGGGUCAAGGUCAGUUACAGACUGCGACAGAGAUGAUGAGGUAUUGCGCAGAAAACGGCCAUUGGAUAUGCAUCAAGAACCUUCACCUCUCUACUGAUUCUGUACUGCUACUGUAUAAGGACUUUCUGAACAUGCGGCGACAUCCAAACUUUCGUCUAUGGUUGUUUUCUGAACCAGACGAACAUUUUCCGUCAACAGUACUGCAAGGUUCUUUGAAAGUAACAUACGAAUCUCCACCGGGUGUCAGAAAUAAUCUUCUACGAACACUACGUCGAUGGCAAGGGUUAAACAUUAGCGGCGGUGUGGUUAAAAUGCAGUGCCUUUAUAUACUUGCUUGGUUACAUGCACUGUUACAAGAAAGAAGGACUUUUGUACCACAGGUACUUAUUGAAAUUUUUAUUUUAAUUUAA